CGCUGCCGGGGGACGCGUGCGGGCGCGUGCGGGUCCGGUGCGGCGCGGCGCGGCGACCCGGGCAGUGCGCCUGUGCGGCCGGCGCAUCCUGAUCCGAUGGAGCGUGGUGGCGGCUGCGGGGCGGCAGCCGGGACGGAGGGGACUACGCGGGCCCUCCCGCUCCCCGGGAAGAUGGCCGAACCGGGCGCGGUGCGGACUUCGCCGCCCAACCACCGGCCUUCAGGCAUGGAUGGAUUUUUGAAAUCUGAUGAGAGACAACGACUAGCUAAAGAAAGACGAGAAGAAAGAGAAAAAUGUCUUGCUGCCCGGGAGCAGCAGAUCCUGGAGAAGCAGAAGCGAGCCAAGCUCCAGUACGAAAAGCAAAUUGAGGAGCGAUGGCGGAAACUGGAAGAGCAGCGACAGCGAGAGGAGCAGAAGAGGGCUGCGGUGGAGGAGAAGAGGAAGCAGAAGCUGCGCGAGGAGGAGGAGCGGCUGGAGGCGAUGAUGCGCCGGUCUCUGGAGCGCACGCAGCAGCUGGAGCUGAAGAAGAAGUGCUCGUGGGGAGCAUCACUGGCUGCGGGGCCUGGAGGACGCGAGGGUGAAUCAGGAAAUACCCCACCCCCUCCUCUAGGUUUAGCAGCCAGCGCCCUGCCUCCGGACCCAGGGACCACUGCUGCCACUGCUGAGUCCACCAACGCAUGUGACAAACUUUCAACAUCAACCAUGAAUUUGCCAAAGCAGAUGGAGCCUCCCAUGAGUAAGCGCCUGUCUUCAUCCACCGUGGCAAUAUCCUAUUCCCCAGACCGAGCUCAUCGCAUGCACCUUAGUCCCAUGGAAACCUUUCUUGUUAUGCGACUGUUGACACCCACACAGGCUUCUUUAGCCAGAAGCAGAAGUGCAUUCGUGCUCUCUGAGCGGGCCAGUGACUCAGUAUCCCAUGCCUGUCCUCGUGUAGCUCCUGCUGGCUCCCUUAAGUCUUCCUACAAGUCUUCUCCCACUCGAAAUGCCGAGAGGAAGAAGACUCCACCUACAUCUGGCGUAGGAGAUGCUGGGAAAGGAGCGCCUGCAGGAGCGGAGGCCUCUCCGACAGAGAAGAUGAAAAGGGGGCCGAGAACAACAGGUUCCGUUCCCAGCGCGGGCCUCAUGUCCCCUCUGAGAAGAUGCGAGUUUCCAACAGGCGUUUCUAAGAGGUCAUCUUCCCCCGUGCCGCCCAAGGCAACUUCAAAACCCUAUCCACAGUCUCCAAAGAACGUGAAGCCGCCAUACCCGGGGUCUCCCGUGAAGUACCGCCUUCCCGCCUUUUCUAGCCAGGAAACACCCAAGAAGAAAGCAGAGAAAGAGAAGAGCAACAAGGAAAGGGAAGGCGCGCUGGCUCAGCAGGCGGCCGGCCCACCGGGAGAGGAGGCCCCGGAGAAGCACGUGGCGGACAGGCAGGCCACCGAGAAGCACGCGGCCGCGGGAGGGAAGGCCGAGGGCGGUGGAGCCUCAUGGAAGCCCACAGCAGGCACCACUGAUGCAGGAGAGGCUGCAAAGAUCCUGGCCGAAAAGAGACGACAGGCCCGGCUGCAGAAGGAACAGGAGGAGCAGGAACGGCUGGAGAAGGAAGAACGGGACAGGCUGGAGAGAGAGGAGUUGAAAAGAAAGGCGGAGGAGGAAAGACUUCGCCUAGAAGAGGAAGCCCGUAAGCAGGAGGAGGAGAAGAAGCUGCGGGAAGAGGAGGAGAAAAGGAAGGCAGAAGAGGAGGCCAAGAGGAAGGCCAAGGAGGAGCUGCUGUUAAAAGAAGAACAAGAAAAGGAAAAACAGGAAAGAGAAAAGCAAGAAAAAGUCAUGAUUGAAAAGCAGAAGGAAGCAGCAGAAGCAAAGGCCCAGGAGGUAGCUAAACAGAUGCGUCUAGAAAGAGAACAGAUCAUGCUGCAGAUCGAACAGGAGCGACUGGAGAGGAAGAAGAGAAUAGAUGAAAUUAUGAAGAGAACAAGGAAGAGUGAUGUGUCUCCGGAAGUGAAGAGAGAAGACCCAAAAGUAGAGCUUCAGCCUGCUGUGUGUGUGGAAAACAAGACAAAACCACUUGUCCCCAACAAAAUCGAAAUCAAUGGAUUGAACACUUGCCAGGAAGUUAAUGGUGUGGAACGUGCUGUCCCAGAAACUUUCCCUCGAGAUGUUUUUGCUAAUGAACUUAAACCAGUUGGUGGGCUUGUUCAUCUGGAUGCCCUUGAUGGGAAAUCAAACAGUCUGGAUGAUUCAACUGAAGAAGUUCAGUCUAUGGAUGUGAGUCCUGUUUCGAAGGAAGAGCUUAUCUCUAUCCCAGAAUUUUCACCAGUGAGUGAAAUGAUUCCUGGGGUAUCUCUGGACCAAAAUGGAACUGGUAAUGCCCGAGCACUUCAAGAUCUCUUAGAUUUCACUGGCCCCCCCAUUUUCCCCAAGAGAUCCAGUGAAAAUCUCAGCCUGGAUGACUGUAACAAAAACCUGAUCGAAGGAUUUAACAGUCCUGGCCAAGAAAAUACUCUGAACUCCUUCUGUUGACAAAUACAACAUCUCUUUAAUGAAAGGUGGUGUUUGGAGAACCCGUGAAGCUGCUGGUAGUCAAAUCUGAGCUGCCGGCCCUCUGAAGAAGCUUCUGUCGUCCUUAACCUCUGAAUACCAAUUAUUAAAUCGAUAUGUAACCGUAUUCCUAGUUAGUGUGUCAAACACAGGCCACUCUUGGUAGAACCUUGAGAUGUUGGCCUUGUCGGGCUUUAGCAGAGUUUCAUGUUAACGGUUCUAUUUAUGAGCUUUGGCUGCUGAUACAGCGCUCCCUGUACUGCCUCGUCAUCAUAGUGACCCUCUCAGUACCCGAGUGACCUCGGCUUGGAAAUUCACCUUAUAACCAUUCUUCUUCCCAAAGUUGGAGCAUAUAAAUGUUUAGAUCUCUUUUCUUGUAAAUAGUCUAGAUAUGUACCCAGACUCUACUUAAGCAUAUUCUGAACUUGGGCUGCAUAUCUCCCUGUCUGUGUUUAGAAGGAGAAGAAAUUCUGGAGGGUUCCCCCCAUCUCUGGGGUUUCUUUGUUGGAAGUUACUCUCCAGAAGCUGCUUUUUAUUAUUAAGCUUAGCCACCUGCAAAAUGUGUUGUUCCACAUUCAUUACUCCUUGGGAGGCUAGUGGAGUAAGUCUGGUUGUGGAAGGAAGCCUUUAAACAGUGUGGAGUGCUGUCUGCUCUCUUAGGCAUAUUCUUCUAGACAUGGGCGCCUGACUCUAGCAAGGACCUUCUCAUACUGCACCUUGAAACCUCCGAGCUGUAGUCACUCCAAACCUUCGAGUGGCUUCUGGACUGAAUGAGUUGUGCAUCUCCUGCACAGGUGGUUGGUUUUCAUGUUGCUGCUGUUGUUUUUUCCCUUGAAUCUUGAGGCUUUUGUUUGUUUAUUGGCUCAACUCUAAUAAAACCAGGCACAAGUGAAAAUCGUAGUGCUCUGAAGCAAGGGGGCCCUGAACUGGACCCAGUAUGUCACUUCAACAGACUUGAAUGUAAAAACAUCUGGAAUGGGGUACAAAUGACACUAGAAUGUAUACUCCACACGUCUUAUGCCAUAUAAUAAUGUGUUUUCUUAUUUGAUUUCUUGUGGUGAAAUGUGACUUUCAGAUUAAAGUAACCUUUUCUUCUUUGAAACCUUUUCUUUGUCUUGUAUGAUAAAGAGUUUGGAAAGAUCCCACAAUUCUGACUGAGGUUUGCAACCAGGAGAUGUAAAGAAUUGUCAAUAGUAAGCUUGUUCAUGUGCUUUUAAAACCAGCUACAGUUUUAAGACUGUGUUAGUUACGGACACUGUGUAUGUUUGUGUACGUGUAUAUACCAAAUAAAAUAUAUGGCUCCAGUAAUCCAGUGCCAUUGAUCUUGAUGAAUAUCGGGGAAAAUUCCUUUUAUGACAAGCACACAGAAAAUGAUAGCAUGGUCUGACUUUCCAAAAAAUGCUUCGCCAUCUUUCUUACAGCCCUGUUUUGCUUAAUGUCUGUUUUGUUGUGAUCUGUUGUACCUCACAGCACCAUUGUGAUCGUGGUGAUGCCUCAUUUGCAUGAUGUGUACAUUGCGUUCACUGGGAAAUACAUUUUUGUUGAAGAGUC